UCAAACCCAUCAGCCAAUGAGAAGAAAAGUGGUUUACUUCCAAAACUAGACACCAUAACUUUGCUUCAGAGAAAUUCCCAUAUGCUUUCUUCCUCUUGCGCAAUAGGUUAGGAAGAUGGGCUAAACUCUGAAAAAAAUUUCUUCUCAACACUUGUAAAAUUUUUCCUUUUGCUCUUAAAUAGCUUACUCUAUAUGUUUGAGGCCAGUUCCAAAUCUGCUCUUUCUAGGUGAUUGAUGCAUAUUAAUGAGUUAAUUUCAAGUAUUUUCCAUAUUUGUUGGACUCAAUAGAGAACAAUUUGGUAAAAUAUACAGUCCACAGUCAACACUAUGGCAAUUGUAAAUGGACUGAUUUUGGACUUGACGAAGCAAAUUUCCGCAGCCCUUUGCUAUGAAACUCAGUAUGCAUUUGACUUUCUACGCGAGCUAGAGGUCAUGAGGUCAAGGCUUCAACUUAUUCAGGUGUUUCUAGAAGAAGAUGAAUACCAAAAGAAGGAAAUAUUACUUAACACCUUGGAUGCUCUUAGAGAACUCCUGUAUGAGACAGAUGAUAUAUUGACAGAUUGCCUAAUCAGAGAAAAAUAUCGCAAAACUGGACUCUGCUCCAAAUUUUCUCUUCCGGGUUUGUCUUUCCGCCUUCAAACACACAAGAAAUUGAAGGAUAUUAAUACAAGGUUGGUGAAGGUGGAGGAAAUUUUGAAGACCUAUCUGAACGCGACAAGAAACAUUAGUUAUGAAGGUGAUAUUGACAGGUUUAGCAGAUUGGAAUACGAUUUAUCCGAGGAAACAGUUGUUGGAGUUCAAAGAGACGUGGAAAAGAUAAAAGAAUGGAUUUUUAGCCCAAGCUACCGCAACCUUCAGAUGAUGGGGAUUGUUGGGAUGGGAGGCUUGGGAAAAACCACAAUUGCCAGGCUCAUUUUUAAUGAUCGUGAUAUACGUUGUCAUUUUGAUCGGUCCAUAUGGGUGUCAGUUUCUCAAAAUUUUACGGUGGAUGCGAUCUUGAGAAGCAUAUUAGAACAACUGGGAGAAACAUCACGUGGAAAAUAUAUAUUAGACAUUAUUUUUCAUUUAUUGAAAGAGCAAACCUGUCUUAUUAUUCUGGAUGAUAUAUGGGAUACAGGUGUUGAAUGGUGGAUGAGUUUUUUCUCUCAGCUACAACGAUCGGCUUCCAAAGGAACUUGCAUUAUCAUCACCACCAGAAACCAAGAUGUUGCUUAUACUAUUGGUAUCGGAGCUGAAAGAAUCCAUCAACCGAAGCUUCUCGAUGACGAGGAAAGCUGGUCGUUGUUUUCCAAGUUUGCAUUUGGUAAGAAAAAUAAUGAAGGUUACGGGGAGUUCGAAUUUCUGGGCAGGAAAAUCCUGCAUCAAUGUGGAGGACUUCCAUUAGCUAUCAAGACUAUAGGAGCUUUACUAGGAUCAACUGAUAGUCUUACAGAGUGGCAUGCAAUCUUCAAAAGAUUUUGUGAACCGAAUAUCACAAAAGAGAAUUCUAUUGCAAUGAAUUCUCUGCGAUUGAGCUAUAAGGAACUUCCAGCUACUCUAAAGAGAUGUCUACUGUGUUUGUCAAUAUACCCUCAAGAUUUUGAGAUAACAGCUUGGAACUUAAUCUGCUGGUGGAUUGGAGAGGGUUUCAUCCGAGACAGUCUCUCGAAAACAGCAAUGGAAAUGGGCUCUGAAUGUCUAUCAGAAUUGGUAAACAGGUGCCUUGUUGAAGUUGUCCAGAAGCGAGGAUAUGAUGGAAGAGUGUACAGUGCUAAAAUGCAUAAUAUGGUGCGAGAUUUAACAAUUUUGAUGGCAGAAGAAGAGAGAAUUUGCAGCUUCAACAACCAGGGCCAGCAAGAAUUCAUGCCCAAUUCUCGGUGGUUGGGUUUCACAAGUGAAAUGGGUCCAAAAUCAUUGCAAAGAUGUCCCAAGCUGAGGGCUUUAUUGCUAAUUAGCAAUCAAGCUUUCUCUGAUAGGAAUUUGGGUUCACUAAGUUCACUUAGAGUGCUGGACUUGUCCAACAGUAAGUUAGACGACACACUUGCUUUACAGAAUCUACUGACUUGGAUCAGCUCCCUCAAACGCCUUGCAUAUUUAAAUCUAAGUGGAGCCCAAGGCUUGCAAGAGUUGCCAUCUUCCAUUCGCAAACUCCAAAACCUCCAGCUCUUGGUUUUAACCGGAUGCACUAAUCUAUCAAAACUAAGCCCUUCAAUCACUAGUCUAAAGCAUUUGUUACUCUUGGAUGUAAGCUCUUGCGUCUCUCUUCCUUACCUUCCUCAUGGACUACUAAACCUUUCGCAGCUUCAAGAACUAUCUGGAGUGAGACUGGCACGCCCGCGUAACUCAACAAGCUGUCGACUUCUUGAGCUUGGAGAACUACGCCAAUUAAGGGUACUACGAAUGAUUUUGAAUAACCAUAGUGAAAUAACUGCAGAUGAAUUUAAUGUCUUGUCAAAUCUUCAAAAACUUAAGAUUCUAGGCAUUGACGCUGAAAAUUGUGAACACAUGAAAGACAUACUAGACAGGCUUUGCCCUCCGCCAAUGCUUAAAGAGUUGUAUAUCAGGCGUUACCGUCAUGAAACUUUGCCAAAAUGGGUAAAUCCUGAUCGUCUCCAUAAUUUGGAAUAUCUUUGCAUAGAGGAUGGAGGCCUUGUUGAUAUCAGCUCGAGCGCUGAAACUGAUGGGGAUACUUAUUGGAGCUUGGAGGGUUUGUGUUUGAGGAGUUUGCCAUAUUUGCAGAUGGAAUGGAAUGAUUUGCUGCGGAAGAUGCGUUUAUUGCGGUAUGCAGAGGUUAGCCAUUGUCCCCAGUUAUACAAUUUUCCCUGGUCUGUGCAGAAUGACCCGAGAACAUGGAGGCGCUUUUCAGAUUGAUCAGGUAUUUUUUUACUUGCGAUGGUGCUGGCAUAGCAGGACGAUUGGAAUGCUUGUUGAUUGUAAUGUGUGUUAAAUUUGUUUUAUGUUGGGAUUGGUAUGGGGUGAAGUUUGUAUGCCAUUUAUUAUGAACACAUAUUGUUGUUAUUAGACGCAAAGCUUGUGAUGGAUAAAUUUAAUCGUACAUCUUU